AUGCCGUCGCGUCCCCCACCGCCGGUUGUCGAACCACACGAGAUCGACCGACUUGCUCCACCGACCGACGAUGUUCCAUCUACGACGCCAGAGGCAUCGGUCCCACCCGGCGGAGCAGCCGGCCCCACCUCCACACAGCCCGACGACGAUGUCCACGACGACGAGGUUCGCGCAGAUCGGGAUGCGGAGGAAAGAGUUCUUCAAGGUCCACAGGGUAGGAUCGAUCCUAUACCUGAUACAAGGGACGCGUUGAAGAGGAGUGUUGUACAGGGGAAGGGGAGUGUACAGCUUGGGCAGGACGAGAGGGACCGACGACAGGGAGGGGACGAAGAGGGCGGUGCGAACGGGGACGGAGAUGUGGAGGGGGAGGAAAGUAUGAUCGGUCAUGGGGUCGAAUCGAGCUCGAAUACGGAGGACGCGCAGGAGCAGAGUGAGGUGCAGGAGGAGCAGGUGGGGUCGAAGGUCGUUUCCGAGCAAGGGGACGACGACGAGGGGACGGGCUCAGCGGGCGACGACGACGACGAAGACGAUGAUGAGAAUGAUGAGCAAGACAGCACUACCUACGACGAAGAAGAGCCGACACUCAAGUACGCCCGACUUGGAGGGGCGACGACCAACCUCCUGCUCAAGGACAGCGCCUCGGCCUUGGCCGUGUGUGCAAAAUAUAUUGUCGGUUGUCUCGACACCUUGGUACCUCAGCAUCGAGUCUCGAACUAAUCUCCCAUUGCUCUACAGGCGAUGGGCACGUACAGCGGGGCGAUCCUCGUCCUCGACCAUCAGGGCCAACUCGUCAAGAUCUUUAAACCCCACACGGCCAUGAUCAACGACCUCAACAUCGACACCACCAGCGAGUUCAUUGCCGCGGCCAGUAUGGAUGGUGAGUUUACGAUGGGAAGUGCAGGUAGACUGUCGUCGGCUGAUCCCCAUCUUGUAUGGCUUGCAGGCAAGAUCUCGGUUCAAUCCCUUCGCUCAACCAAAGAAGCCCCCGCCGAAGCCUACUCCUUUGAUCUACGUCGACCCAUGCGUUGCGUCGCCCUCGAACCCAACUUCGGCAAACGCAACACGCGUCAACUCGUAUCAGGUGGAAUGGCGGGGAACGUGAUCCUCCACGAAAAAGGAUGGCUGGGGUACAAAGAGACGACGCUCUUCGCUGGCGAGGGACCGAUUUGGACGGUCGCUUGGAGGGCGAACUUUAUAGCCUGGACUUCGGAUGCGGGUGUGAGGAUUUACGAUACUUCGACUUCGACGCGGAUCACCUAUAUUCCUAGAGCGGUCGAUUCACCAAGGGCGGAUUUGUUCAAAUCGACGUUGCAUUGGCAAAAUGAUCGGACCUUAUUAAUCGCAUGGGCCGAUAUCAUCAAAGUCGCCGUGGUCAAAACGCGGGAAACGAAACGCUCUUCGACCGCUGCCACGUUGGGAGGGAUCGUGCCCACUCCAGGAUCGAAACCGACCGAGACCUACGUCGAGGUCAACGCCAUAUUCCAGGUGGACUGUAUGAUCUCGGGCAUCGCGCCCUACGGGGAUUCCUACCUCAUUCUGGCGUAUCUCGUCGAAGACACAUACGAAAAUGAAGCGACUCAGGACAGGGAUCAACAACGAAGGAAAGCGGGUCAGAGGCCUGAAUUGAGGAUUAUCUCGAAAGAGGGGGACGAAUUAUCUUCGGAUGCGUUGUCAUUGAGGGAUUACGAUCGCUUUCAAUGUAGGGAUUAUUCGUUAUGUCGCGCACCUCCUUCGACGUCGACGACGAAUGGAGUCGCAAGCGAGGAGAGGUUCUUCGUCAUUUCACCGCAGGAUAUUGUUGUGGCUAGACCGAGGGACGAAGAGGAUCAUGUUGCUUGGUUGAUCGAACAGAGGUUGUAUGAACAGGCCCUCGAGGCGUUGGAAGUGAUGGGCAAUAAAGGUGUGUUGGGUGAGACGUUCGAUGUUACUGAGGUGGGGAGAAAGUAUCUGGAUUUCCUCGUUGAAGAAGGUGAGUCCGCGGGAGAGGGGGAGAGGAGCGGAGUGGCAAUACUGAUGUUUUGCGCGGACGGUACAGAUCAAUAUGAGAAAGCGGCCGAGGCAUGCCCCAAGAUCCUCGGGAUCAACGCCAAGCUGUGGGAGGACUUUGUAUUUCUUUAUGCAGAUCGAGGGCAUAUUAACGUCAGUGAUGCUGCGCGCUUUCUAUGUACGAGAUCUUGGCUUACAAGUGCUGCGCCACUCUGCAGACCGUCAUUCCUUACGUCCCAACGCAUGAUCCGCAAUUAGGGCGGCUGGUGUAUGAGAUGAUCCUCGCGUAUUACCUGCGACAUGACCCAGAAGUCAGUCUCAAGGAUGAUUGCAUCCCCCACUGUCCUUUGACUAAUAUUUCUCCCCCCCAUUACCCCUUAGGCGCUCCUCCAAACCAUCAAAACCUGGCCCUGCGAUAUCUACGAUACCAACGCCGUCCUCGUCGCGCUCCAAGCCCAACUCGAACGCACACCCUCUUCCACACUCAUGGAAGCCUUGGCAGAGCUCUACGUUCUCCAUCGACAACCGGGCAAAGCGGUCCCCUAUUUCCUCAAGUUAAGGAGGAGGGAGGUGUUCGAGUUGAUUGCGGAGUGGAAUCUGUUUACGGAUGUGAUGGAUUUGGCGUUGGAGUUGGUGGAGUUUGAGGAGGAGCUUAGGGGCGAGAAAGAAGGGAAGGAGGGGAAGGAGGGAGGAGAGGACCCGAGGCAUGGGAAGGCGAUCGAGUUGUUGGUCAAUCAUACGCACUCGAUACCGGUGAGUUUGGGUGGGUGAUAGACGUUAUGGAGUUCCGAGCUAAACUAGUCCGGAUGGUCGUGAUGACAGGUUUCGAAGGUUAUUGCUCAGCUCAAGAGACAUCGCCGCUAUCUCUACAUGUAUCUCGAUGCAUUGUUCGAUGAGGACCCGCACCUCGCCUUCGAUCACAGUGAUCUUCAGGUGAGUCUCAAUGGCCAUUCCUUGAACGAACACCCCCGAAUUGAACGAAAGCUCUCCCAAUCUCAAUCAGGUCAACCUAUACGCCGAAUACGACCCCAACAAGCUGAUGGACUUUCUCCGUGCGAGCAACUACUACAGCCUCGAACGCGCGUACGACAUUUGUGACAAGAAGGACCUCGUACCGGAGAUGGUCUUCCUCCUUGGUCGGAUGGGGGAUAAUAAAAGGGCUUUGAACUUGAUCAUCGAACGAUUGGGGGAUGUGCAACGCGUGAGUCGCACUUGAGAGCGAUAUAGAAACUGCAAAACGGUGUCACUCAAGCUUCCAGUCGUUGUUCGUGGGCUCACAGGCGAUCGAAUUCGCCAAAGAACAAAACGACCAUGACCUUUGGGAAGAUCUGCUCAAGUACUCGGAGACGAAACCGAGGUUCAUUAGAGGUUUGCUGGAGAAUGUCGGGCCGGAGAUUGAUCCGAUUCGGUUGAUUCGGAGGAUCAGGAAUGGGCUGGAAAUCCCCGGGCUUAAACCGGCUUUGAUCAAGAUUUUGCAGGAUUUUAAUUUGCAGGUCAGUCGAGGGGCUUAGAGUUCCGUGGAGUCGAAGAGCAGCGGUGCUGAUUGGACAAUUGGUGUGUUUGGCGCAGAUUUCUCUAAUGGAAGGAUGCAAGACGAUCUUGUACAGUGAUUGUCGGCAGCUCGCGCUCGCGCUCAAUGAUGGGCAAUCCAAUGGCUUCCUGUGGACGGGUAUGUUGUGCGACAUUGGCCUACUCGCUCUCUCGUGAAGACACUCACCAGGAAUUGUUGUAUAACAGGCGAAACGACGUGCAAAGGUACCGGAGAGCCCAUCUUUCCUCAACUCAGCGGACAGCCCGCACCCGCUUCAAUACCAUUCGGCGUAAGUUCCUCGGCCGCUUGCCACCUCAGCCUGUCACGUGACUGAUCUAGGCCGUUUGAUCUCGAUCAGAUCCACUUCCUCUCCGGCGAAACCUUUUCCUCCACGCACGCCUUCCCAUCCCUCGACCUCCCACGAGCCGUCACAGGACGAGAUACGAUGGUUGCGAAUCUAUUGGUUGAAGAAGUCGAGGGUCGGAGCUGGGUGCAGAGUGGGCAGACGGCCGAAGCGCGUGCCAUGUCGCACAAGAUUCGGUUCUUGGCGGAUGUCAAGGCGCAGAGGGGGAGGGAGGGGGAUAGGGGCCCUACGGGGAUUACGGGGAUUACGGCGAGGGCUUGA